ACGUUCCUUCUACUCUAUCGUGUCGGAAGGGGUUUGUAAGUGUGACUAGAUGGAUAGUGCGACAGUAGUUGCUGACAUAGAGCAUGCGCAGUAGCUGCUGCCUCCCUACACGUGUGUGAGUGUGAAAAUGCCGAAACAGCGGAGUUCACGGAACGCGACUGCUCGUCAUGUGGCGCUGACGGAACAGAUCCUGCAGGACGGAUCAGUCAGGCCCACCACCAGGGUAAAGCGGCGGGGACAAGGGCCUGAUGAGCCGCAAGAUGAUGAUUAUGUGGAUGAGAAGUUGUCUCGGAGGAUCCUGGAGCAGGCCCGGAUUCAGCAGGAAGAACUGGAGGCUGAGCACGGAGCUGGCAGUCUGGCCCCCAAGCCGAAGACGACGGUGUUAGAUUACAAGAACAAAAACCUUGAUUCCGAUUCUGAGGAUGAGGAGUGGCCUACCCUGGAGAAGGCUUCUUCAAUGGAUGCUGGGAGCUACAACGAGGACGUGGAGGUGAAUCCUGAGGAUGAGAGAGCCAUCGAAAUGUUCAUGAACAAAAAUCCACCCCUAAGGCGAACGCUUGCUGAUAUAAUCAUGGAAAAGAUCACAGAGAAGCAAACAGAAGUAGAGUCAGUGAUGUCAGAGGUUUCCGGAAGGCCAAUGCCACAACUUGACCCCCGAGUGCUAGAAGUAUACAAGGGAGUAAAAGAGGUGUUAUCCACAUACCGUAGUGGUAAGCUACCAAAAGCCUUCAAGAUUGUGCCGGCUUUGGCAAACUGGGAGCAAAUCCUGUACAUUACUGAACCUGAAUCUUGGACUGCUGCAGCCAUGUACCAAGCUACUCGAAUCUUUUCUUCAAAUUUAACUGAACGUAUGGCACAGCGUUUUUACAACUUGGUUCUGCUUCCACGAGUGCGCGAUGACAUUGCAGAAUACAAAAGACUCAACUUCCACCUUUAUAUGGCUCUUAAAAAGGCAUUGUUCAAACCUGGAGCUUGGUUUAAAGGAAUCCUCAUACCUCUUUGUGAGUCUGGAAGUUGUACCUUGAGAGAAGCUGUGAUCAUUGGAAGUAUCCUGACUAAAUGCUCUAUUCCAGUUCUGCACUCAAGUGCUGCCAUGCUGAAGAUUGCAGAAAUGACAUACAAUGGAGCAAACAGUAUCUUCCUUCGGCUUCUGAUAGACAAGAAGUACGCUCUUCCUUUCCGGGUUCUUGAUGCUCUUGUCUUCCACUUCUUGGUGUUCCGCACAGAUCGUAGAGAACUCCCGGUACUUUGGCAUCAAAGUCUUCUUACACUUUGCCAGCGAUAUAAAGAAGAUCUGUCCUCAGAGCAGAAAGAGGCCUUACUGGAACUGUUACGAAUCCACAAUCAUCCACAGAUAGCUAAUGAAAUUCGUAGAGAGUUGGUUAAUUCUAAAUCUAGAGAUACUGAGUGUGUCGCACCUAUGGGCAUGGACUAAUCGAUAGAGUAAUACUAAUGACUAAGAUGUACGGUUUGAUUAUGAGUUUCUCUGGUUAUAUUUACGUUGUAGGGAAAAGUUUAACUGCAGUGCUUGAAUAGCUGUAGACACUUAAUAUGAAACUGGCAUCUGGAAACGGUGCUUGUUCCUUGAAGAACCAGAACAGGCUGAGUAUAGGAACUCAUAUGGACUCAUUUUACAACAUAUACAAUUGUGUGCCACUAUUUUCUCACAGAUUCAUUAAAUGGACAAUUUAAAGGGUAUCUGAUAUUUGGCCAUGCCCCAGUUUAGCACAUCUGUCGAAAUACAACAUUUCUGUAUUUAAAAUCUACAUCUUGGCCUAGAGCAUGUUUUGUUUUGGUGCAUUAAUCCCAAGAAAUAUAUUUUUAUUAAUGUGCAGUUAUAAAUUUAUUUUUCAAUUUUAUGAAGGAAGCAACUUGUAUUUCCACCCCAUGUGUAUUAUUCUGGCCAUAUACCAUAUAACUCACGAUCUCUGCCUACACAUGCACGCUCGGCUCGGAAUUAGGACAAAGCUGCUUUUAGACACCAGUUUAAAGGGGUUAUCCAGUAAAUGAUAAUGAUGAUCUAUCCUCAAGAUAGAUCAGCGGGGUUCCUGCUGAUCAUCUGUUUCAGGGAGCUGCUAUGCUCUGGGAAGCACAGCCAGCUCCCGGCAGCUUUCCGAGCACAGCACUGUAGUACAUAGUGCUCUGCCACACACAAUGAUGCAAUUUGCUUGAUCUGGUCGUCUUCCUCCUCUGCUCAGUCUAUGACUUUAUUAACUCGUGCUUCUCACUUUCUGGCCACAAGCUUCUUUCCUCUACUAUCAAGGCUUGUCAUGACACACUCCUUUUUACACAUACAGAAACUGACAAGUCAUUAAUUCACAGCAACUUAUGAACAUGCUACAGUUAUCACAGGCCUCAAUCUCUUCCAUCUUCUGUAAUCUGGAUGUCAAUUAUUACAACCCUACCCUCAAAUUCACCCUGAAUGAAGCAGCUCCCAUUACAUUCCGACCGUCCUGACACAAGCCUUGGCAACCUUUACACAUGCCUGAAAAAUAUUUUCUUCAGCGGCGUGCUGAAUGUUUAUGGGGGAAAAAAAUCACAUAUACCAGCAGAUUUUCUCCAUUAUAAACUUAGGCCUGAAGCUUAUAACUCUUCCCUUCACCUCGCCAAACAAGCCUACUUCCCUUCACUUCUCACCUCCAAUAACCUAAAACGACUAAUACUUUUCACUCCCUAUGUAGACCUAAAAUACAUAUGUCCAUAAAUGACCUCUGUGUUGAAGACCUGCCCAUUCAUAUAUUCAGAGAUAAAGUUGAUAAAAUCCAUCAGGAAAUUCUCUCUUCUCUCCCACCGUUGCCCAACUGCCCACAGAAGUAACCCUGUUCUUUCCCCUUCGCCUAUAAUAGAACCC